UGCGGGUGAUGGGGAACAGACGCGUGCGUGUUGAAGACUAUAUGUAACAAACCAUGGGCCGUGCACCUCAUCCUCGGACUCUGAGAACAUGACGCAGGACGCGGACGUCCCAGCGGUUUCUCUAGAGCGCAGCGGUGGUUGUGCAUUUCUCCCCAGCUCUCCAUCCUCUCCUCACCCCCCCUGCUGGGAUCAGAAGGCGUCACAUGCGGCUGAGACGCACUCAGAUAACAUGUCUGUGGAUGAGCACCGCAGCCUGCAGGAUCUGGACCAGCGCUGGAGGCCAGCAUGCCCGCACCGGAGGACGUUUUUAUAACCACUGCAAACCACAUCUCUGAGAUUUAGACACUUUACAUCAAUUCGAAGCCAUGGCUGAUGAGAGCAGCAGCGUGUCCCAGCAGUUAAAGAGUGUGGAGAGGAGCAUGGUGUUCCUCCGUCAGGAGCACCUCACCUUGCUCCACGGCCUCCACCUGGAGAUCCUCUCCCUGCAGAAACGAUGCUCAGAAGUGACGAGCGAGCUGAAGGUGGUGCCUUCAGGCAGAAGCCAAUUAGAGUUACAGGACGAAGAGGAGCUCCUGGAAGAACAUUGUCGUCAUGUGGAGAACCGGCUUGAAGAGCAGAAUUGCACCUUAGGAGAAAUGCGUGAUGAGCUGACUCACAAAGGGGCUUUGGUGGGAGCCCUCAGAGCCAAUCUCAAAGAGAAAGAGCGCCAUUUCCUGGAGGAGCUCAAGCGCCGCAGCCACUGCUCGACCAUCCUCAACACAGAGCUGCAGAAACAAACAGAGGCAGCAGCGUACCUCUCCUUCCAGCUGCACGCUGCGAGGCAGAAACUGCACCACCAGCGGAUGCAGCAGAGGCAGGUGCUCCUUGCCCGGGCCAACAGUCAGGGGGCCCAGUACUCUGCCGAGCAGAACUCCGUUUCUCCACACAUGCCGUCAGGAGCAUCCCCUUCCUCCCCUGUGGUGAAACCGAAGCGUAAGAGCGGCAGGGCAUCUUCAAGGGUGGACCGUGCCCGGGAGUGCGUGCCCAUAGAGAGGGUGAUAGGCCCUGCAGAGCCCACAGCCAUGCCGGACCCUGCGCUCUUCCUUCACCCUCGAAGGCACCGAGCUAGAUCCAGGCACACUGUGGCACAGAGACAGGCCCCACUUGGCAUGGAGAGGGAGGAUGAGGAGGAAGGAGGUGGGGAGGGGCCAGUGGAGCCCCAGGAUGAAGCUGCCAGACUGGUGUCUUCAGCUGUAGUGCCCCCUGCUGCUGAGACGCAGGCAGACUAGGAACUACUGUGACUUGUGCUUUUUACUGCAGUGUGAUCACUGUAUUAGUAUCAUAUGUCAGACUGUUAAUGCUUUGUUCUGCACCUUGACCCAAUUGAUACUGAGACUGGGUUUAGCUAUUGAAUUAUAUCAUACUUACCAUAGAAACGUUUUUUAAUUGACUUUGAUAUAACCUCAAUCAGCAAAGGGAAACUCAGUGAGUGUCACUUUAAGUCAUUCUUAAAUUAAAUCAGAUCUAUCUGUUUACACUGCUGCCCCAUGCUCUGUAUACUGUGGGACCGUAUUACAAAGAAAUCCCUUUUAGAUUUACGGUGAGGGGGAGUUUGAAAAGGGUAGCAGCCAUUUUGGGUGGACUACGAGCCCAGCUGUGCGGCCCGACCAACUGUGACCUUUCAAGUCCAACCAUAAAUCACUCCAUGUGGCCACGAUUGUGUGGCCUGCUGAGAAUAGCUAAGGCAACAGACACUUCCUGUUCGAUAUCCUCCAUGUGAUGAUUGUAAGGAAGUAUGGUUUUCAGUAACCUGCAGUUACUUCACUUUUGGUUACGUUUUGAACUCGUGACUCUGAACACUAUUCUGUUUCCACAGUGUUUCAUUGUUUUUUACAUUUUAUACCUUAUUUGGAGAAUAUAAAUUCUGAUUUGCCCUAAAACCUGACAACAGACAAAACACCAAGCUAGAAUUCAACAGGCUGUUGAGUUUUAUAUUAGAAGGGUACUUCGACAGCAUAUAACUUCUCCAAGGUAGUGUCCUAUCUCACAAUGUUAAGAGAUUGAAAAUAAAAUUCGGGAUUUGCCGGUUUAUCCAGAUCUCCAAAACGUAAAGGGCUCUGUCUCGUGUCAGUACAGAAAUUGAACCAUCUGAACUAAAUGGAAUUUAUAUUCAAGUCAAGUCGAAAUGUCUGAUAUUUGACCCCAGCCGUACUUGAACCUAUGGAUAACGUCGAUCUGCUCUGCAUAAUUUUACCAUGUUUAUAAUUUUAUUAUUAUUACUUUUAAACUCAGUGCUGUAGGCACAUUGUGAAAUUAAACCACAAAAACAGGAACAACACCAUACAAACCCCACACACAAAUGAAGGACAUUAUUCUUACUUUCAAAUCAUAUGAUUUUGAAAUAAUAAUAUUAUUAUCUUAUUCUAUUGCAACCCAUACUUAAAUAAUAUCAGUUAGUUGACUAUUUUUCACAGAUGAAAACUAAAGUGGCAACUCAAUUUAUUUUAUCAGGGCCUGUCAUAGGUGGAUGCAAAGUUCAUUCAGUUGCUGUAACUUUGGCCUCAUGCAAUCUUUGAAUCCAGGGCUGAACAAACCGUAUUUAAUUGUGUUACUCAAGCUACACACUGAGACAGACAUUUGCAACUUCUCCUCUGUAGUGACUGCUUUGUAUAAAUAGACAACAUUCAGGUAAUUAUCAGUUGGGUCCGGGUGUGGUUUGUGUACUAAACAAACACACACACGGACUACUAGUUCUUCAGCUCAUUUAUGGUUGUGGUA